GCCGAUCGUGAUAUCUUAGAUAUUAUCAUAAAUGAUAAUUGUCUUUUAACAAUUGACAUUGUACCUGCAUAUUACUGCGCACUAACAAAAGGCAAAUGCCUUUAUCUUAUGGAGGCCGAAUGCUUUACGGUAGAAAAGCUCAAAAAAGAGGGCAUGUCUGCUGCCAAAAUUGCACGUAUCCUUGGUAGAUCGGAUACUUCUGUUAAAAACUGUCUUAAAUGA